AUGGCCUCUAUCUUGAAAGCUCAGAAAGCCAAUGCGUCUAAAGCUGAUUUGAAAGGAAAGGGAAAACGGAAAGCCGACGAGAUGGACGUGGAUGAUGUCGAGCAGGAGGUGGAGGCGUCGUCGAAGAGGAAGAAAAACAAGCAGAGGGUGUUGUUGCUUUCGUCGCGGGGGAUCACACAUAGGAUGAGGCAUCUCAUGAGCGAUCUGGAAGCACUCUUGCCCCAGGUCAAAAAAGACUCGAAGCUCGACUCGAAAUCCCAAUUACAUCUCCUACCCGAGCUGGCGGAUCUCAACAAUUGUAAUAAUACAUUAUACUUCGAGGCGCGGAGGCAUGAGGACCUGUAUAUGUGGGCCGCGAAGACGCCGAAUGGACCGAGCAUCAAGCUGCAUGUGCAGAAUGUGCAUACGAUGGAUGAACUGAAGAUGACGGGGAACUGUCUGAAGGGCAGUCGUGGGCUGCUGAGCUUUGACGCGGCAUUUGAGGAGACAGAAUGGGGCAAGUUGACGAAGGAGGUGUUCACUCAGAUAUUCGGCGUGCCCUCGACAGCCAGGCGAGCGAAGCCGUUUAUUGACCACAUAUUGACGUUCUCGAUUGUGGACUCGAAGAUCUGGUUCCGCAAUUUCCAGAUCUUGGAAAAGGAUCCGCUGCAGCCAAAUGGGCCACCCCAGACGACGCUUGUGGAAAUCGGGCCGCGAUUCGUGAUGACGCCGAUCCGCAUUUUCGAGGGGGCAUUUGGCGGUGCGACUGUGUUCUCGAACCCUGAAUUUAUUUCUCCGGCUGCGAUGCGGCAGGCGUUCAAACGCGAGAAGGGCGGGCGAUACAACGAGCGGAAGGACGCCGAGGAGGAAAUGAAGCGACGGAAGGAGACGCGUUGGCUGGAGGAGAACGAGCUGAGUGUUGCAAAGGUAUUCGGGUAG